AUGGAAGACAUCCUCAACGUCGACUUUGAGUGGUUCGAUCCGCAACCAGAGAUAGACUUUCACGGUCUCAAGACAUUGAUGCGACAGUUGUUCGAUGUUGACAACCAAUUGUUCGACCUGUCCGCGCUGGCAGACCUCAUCCUCUCACAGCCACUUCUCGGUUCAACCGUAAAAUGUGACGGCAACGAGUCCGAUCCAUACGCAUUCCUCACAAUCUUAAACCUACAAACACACAAGGACAAACCUGUCAUUCAAGAGCUCACCAAAUACCUGACCUCAAAAUCCUCAAACAGCUCACUAUCACAACUUCCCGAACUAUUGUCCCCCACCUCGAGCGCACAAGUCGGGCUCAUCCUCACAGAGCGCUUCAUAAACGUUCCCUCGGAGGUGUCACCAGGCAUGUACAAAUGCCUUCUUGAAGAGAUCCAAUGGGCACUGGAAGAGAAGGAACCAUACGAGUUUUCGCAUUACCUCGUAGCCUCGAAGGUAUACACCGAAGUAGAAUCAAAACUCGACCAAGAAGACGAUCGACCUACGAAGAAGAAGCGAAAGGAUGGUGCGGCAUCGGAGCUCUUCUAUUUCCACCCAGAGGACGAAGUCCUGCAUAAACACGCCAUCGGCCACCAUACAUACGACUACACAAAGCAAGGCGACGAGGGAGCAUCGGAUUCGAAGCGCGCAUUCUCGGAGAUGGGUGUGAAACCACAAGGUCAUAUGAUCUUGAUAGAAGCGGCGAAAUUCAAGGCCGCUGUCGAGGCUGUCGAAAGCUAUCUGCAGCCAUCGACAUAG